ACGACCAAGGCACCACUUAAAACAGCCUAGACUAGACUUGGCUUUAUUUGGAUAAAUGCUAUCGUUUCUCUAGUAUCCUAUUCUUGUGUUAAUUCACACCUAUUACUCUCUUCGUAUUUCUAUAAACUCCUCAGGAACUCGACCGUCCUCUCCAUUGUCUUGUUCCAGAACAUGGAAAAGAUUUCUUUCUUGUUUUCUUUGCUGCUUCUAAUUGUUUUUGGUUUUGUCAAUGGCUCUCCACCAAAGGAGGCAGUAGGAGUAUAUGAGCUGAAGAAUGGAGAUAUGUCUGUUAAAUUCACCAACUGGGGUGCUACUAUUAUCUCAGUUGUUCUCCCUGACAAAAAUGGGAAACUGGGUGAUAUUGCUCUCGGAUAUGGAUCAGUCAAAGAGUAUAUGAAUGAUACCACAUACUUUGGUGCCCUUGUUGGACGGGUUGCUAAUCGUAUUGGAGGUGCAAAAUUUUCUUGGAAUGGAACCCAGUAUAAACUGGUAGCUAAUGAAGGAAAAAACAUGCUUCAUGGUGGCCCCAAAGGAUUUGGUGAUGUUGUCUGGAAAGUGAAGAAAUAUAAGAAAGAUGGUCCAGCUCUUUACAUUCUCUUUGCCUAUGACAGCUAUGAUGGUGAAGAAGGAUUUCCUGGUGCACUUAAAGUCACUGUGGCCUACACCCUUCUUGCUAAGAACCAGUUGAGUGUGACAAUGAAAGCCAAAGCUGUGAAAAAGUCUACUCCUGUGAAUCUAGCCCAGCAUACAUAUUGGAACCUUGGUAACCAUGACAGUGGUGAUAUCCUGUCUGAAGAAAUCCAGAUUUUCGCCUCCCUCUACACACCUGUUGAUAGCCAGCUUAUUCCCACAGGCAAACUUGAGCCUGUAAAAGGAACUCCGUACGAUUUCCUCAAACCUCAAACCAUUGGAAGCAGAAUCAAGGAACUCCCUAAAGGUUAUGACAUUAACUAUGCCCUUGAUGGUACUCCAGGAAAGAUGAAGAAAGUAGCUGUGGUGAAGGAUAAGAAGUCCGGAAGAGUAAUGAAGCUGUUAGCUAAUCAACCUGGUGUGCAGUUCUAUACAGGAAACAUGAUAAAGAAUGUGAAGGGAAAAGGAGGAUUCAUCUAUAAAGCUCAUGCAGCACUAUGUUUGGAGACUCAAGGGUUCCCUGACUCUGUUAAUCACCCCAACUUCCCUUCACAAAUUGUUACUCCGAAAAAGCUUUACGAGCACAACAUGCUUUUCAAGUUUUCAAUUGCAUCGUAGACAUAAACUAUUUCCCAAGGAAACUGAUAUUUUUCUGUUACUAACAUUUCUAAUGUUAUUGUUGUGGCCUAAUGAAACUUGAACAAUAGCGUAA